AUGAGUGACAGUGGCUAUACGUUAAUUUAUGAGCCAAAUACGGCUAGUAAAAUAUCAACAAAUGAAUUCAAAAACUUAUUGGAAAAAGGUAAAGAUGAUGUUAAAAUAGAUACAAUGAAAAAAAUAUUAAUCACGAUAUUGAACGGUGAUCCAUUACCUGAUCUUUUAAUGCACAUAAUCAGAUUUGUCAUGCCAUCAAAAAAUAAAGAAUUGAAAAAAUUAUUAUAUCAUUAUUGGGAAGUGUGCCCUAAAUUGGAUGAAAAGGGUAAAAUGAGACAUGAAAUGAUUCUUGUUUGUAAUGCAAUUCAAAGGGAUUUACAACAUCCAAAUGAAUAUAUCAGAGGUAAUACUUUAAGAUAUUUGAACAAAUUGAAGGAACCUGAAUUAUUAGAAACUUUGGUCCCAAAUGUGCGUCAAUGCCUUGAACAUAGACAUGCUUAUGUUCGUAAAAAUGCGGUAUUUGCGUUAUGGUCGAUACAUAAAGUGAGUGAGCAUUUAUGUCCCGAUGCUGAUGAAUGGAUCAAAACAUUUUUAGAAGUUGAAAAUGAUUCUGUAUGUAAAAGAAAUGCAUUUGUUUGUCUUGGUGAUUUAUACAGAGAUGCUGCUUUAGACUAUAUUCAGCAUAAUAUAAGUGUGAUUGAUACCUUGGAUCCUUUGUUACAAUUAGCUUUUAUUGAGUUCAUUAAAAGAGACUCAAUUCAAAAUCCAAAUUUAAAACAACAAUAUGCUCAAUUAAUUACUGAAAUUGUGGAAAGCUCUUCAAACGUUGUGUUGUACGAGGCUGCUAACACUUUGGCUAUUUUAACGUCUAAUUCAUCAUCAAUACUAUUAGCAGGUAAUAAAUUUGUCGAGUUAGCUACGAAAGAAUCCGAUAACAAUGUAAAAAUUAUAACAUUAGAAAGAAUUAAUCAGUUAAACAAACAACAUCCGGGUGUAUUACAGGAUUUGUCUUUGGAAAUAUUAAGAGUGUUGACUUCACAAGAUUUGGACGUUAGAAAGAAAGCUUUAGAUGUUACAUUAGAAUUUAUUACUUCAAGAAAUGUUGAAGAUGUGGUAAAAUUGUUGAAAAAAGAGUUACAGGCCACAAGUUUAUCGAAUGAUGACAAAAAUGCAGAAUAUAGACAGAUAUUAAUUAAUGCUAUACACGUUCUUGCGAUUAGAUUUAGCGAAGUUGCAGCAAAUGUAAUUGACUUAUUAUUAGAUUCAAUCGCAGAUUUGAAUUCAACUGCUGCUUAUGAAGUCAUCACUUUUGUUAAAGAGGUUGUUGAAAAAUUCACAGAAUUAAGAGAAUCAAUCAUAAAAAGAUUAAUAUUAGCAUUACCGAAUGUGAAAAGUGGAAAAGUUUUUAGAGGCGCAUUGUGGGUCAUUGGAGAAUAUGCUACUGAUGAACAAUUAAUUCAAGAUGCAUGGAAAUAUAUAAGAUCAAGUAUUGGUGAAGUUCCUAUUCUCACGAGUGAACUAAAAUCGAAAGAACCAAAUCCCUCAGAACCAAUUAAUGAAAAUGGAGAGCUAGGACACAAAAGAAAAGGUCCAACUGUUUUACCGGAUGGAACUUAUGCAACAGAAGUUGCUUUGACAGCCGAAGUUAGUAAUGGGUUUGAUGAUGAUAGUAAAACUCCAUUAAGAAAACAAUUACUCGCUGGUGACUUUUACCUUGGUGCUGUUUUAUCAUCAACAUUGGUCAAAUUAAUAUUGCGAUUACAAAAACUAAAAACCCAAAACAAGAUAUUAAAUGCGCUAAAAGCAGAAGCUUUGUUGAUAAUGGUUUCCAUAGUAAGGUUAGGUGAAAGUCCAUUGGUGACUAAAAAAAUUGAUGAGGACUCAGCAGAUAGAAUUUUAUCAUACAUAAAAAUAUUAAAUGACGAAAAAGAUGUGGAAGAUAUAACUACUUCGUUUCUUGAUGACACGAAAGAUGCUUUCAAAGCUCAAAUCACAGAUGCAGAACAAAAGAAAGCAGAAGCAAAGGCAAAAGAUUUACACGAUAAUGCAGAACAAAUUGAUGAUCCAAUAUUAUUCAGACAACUUGACAUCGAUAAUAAGACAUCUAACAAAAAUGUCGAUGACAUUGCUACUGCCUCAGGCAAAGACACAAACAAGGAGAACUUAUCAUCAAGAUUAAAUAAAAUAUUACAAUUGACAGGUUUCUCAGAUCCUAUAUAUGCAGAAGCUUUUGUGAAAGUUCAUCAAUAUGAUGUUGUAUUGGAUGUGUUAUUAGUGAACCAAACUACAACCACAUUACGUAAUUUGUCAGUUGAAUUUGCAACUUUAGGUGAUUUGAAGGUCGUUGAUAAACCAACAACUGCAAAUAUUGGACCUCAUGGUUUCUACAAGAUCCAAACAACUAUAAAGGUUACAUCUGCUGACACUGGUGUUAUAUUUGGAAAUAUCGUGUACGAUGGACAACAUUCUGAUGAAUCAACAAUCGUUAUAUUAAAUGAUGUUCAUGUGGAUAUUAUGGAUUAUAUAAAACCAGCAACUUGUUCGGAAUCCCAAUUUAGAAAAAUGUGGAAUGAAUUUGAGUGGGAGAAUAAAAUAACUAUAAAAUCACCUAUAAGUUCUUUGAAAGCAUAUUUAGAUGAAUUAAUGGAAGGUACAAACAUGAAUUGCUUGACACCAGGAGCUAUCGUUGGUGAGGAAUGUCAAUUUCUUUCUGCAAAUUUAUAUUCAAGAUCAAGUUUUGGUGAAGAUGCAUUAGCUAAUUUAUGUAUUGAGAAACAAAACGAUGGACCAAUUAUUGGUCAUGUAAGAAUUAGAUCCAAAGGUCAAGGAUUAGCUUUAAGUUUGGGUGAUAGAGUUGCCUCAAUUUCAAGAAAAGGUAAAAAUGCUGCAUUGGCUCGUGUAUAA